AUGGAACGCAUGCGGCUCGUCGCGGUGCACGUCGGGACCGCGGAGACCGCGAUGGGCGGGACGACGACGACGCCGUUCGUGUCGCCGGGGGAGCACGCGCCGCUGAUGGGGACGCUCGCGGACGCGUUGGAAGGCGUCGUCGGCGUGGGGGCCGAGAACGGCGGCCGCGCGCGGCCUCGCGCGUCCGUGCCGGUGCCCGCGCUCGCGAGCGCGCUCGCGGCGGCGCAUCCGGACUGCCUCGCGUUUCGAUCGUCCCCGUCGGCAUCCUCGUGGAAGUCGCCGCGCGGAUCGAAGAGCGGCGGCGUGGAAUCGAAGACCGGGUUCAUGCCCGCGUUGAAGGACGCUCUGGAGCGUCAGCUCGUUCGCGUGGACGGAGCGCCGGCGGGGUUCAAACGCAGCGAAAAGGUAAACUUGAAGACGUGCUCGGUGACGAUACCGACGGUGUACGCGGUGUAUCCGCCGCAGCACGAGAAGGAGAAGGAGAGGGAGAGGGAAAAGGUCACUCCGCGUCCGCGGCCGCCUUCGACGACGGUGUUUCGCAGCGCCGACGCCGCCGACGCCGACGCCGACGAGAAGACGAUCUCCCGCCGCGCGACGACGAAUGACUCAUCGCGCGGAGGGCGCGGCGGCGAGAUGCGAACCGUCGCCGCGGUAGCGGAAUACGACGACGACGACGACGGGUUCGACGGCGUUUACGGCGGCAUCGGCGGCGGUGGGUGGCGAAAACUCGAUGUCCCCUCCGGCGGCGGCGGCGGCGGCGGCGGCGUUUCAGACUCGACGCGCGGCGGCGCGUUCGCGCAGAACCCGUACUACCACCGCGUCGGCGACCCCAACCGCCGACGCCGCCAGCGGUCGAUCGACCGCGAGGACGAGCGCAUUCGAGCGCGCAUCGGGUCCUCCGCCGAGGCGACGACGCGCGGCCGCGUCGCAGAAGACGGGAGGGAUUCCGAACUGGAUUCCGAAAACGCGCGUCUGACGACGAGUGUCGCGACGAAUCACGCGGAUCGAGCGGAUCAACCGCCGAACGCGUUCACGGACAUGCUCGAGUCGCUCAUGAAAGAGCUCGACGGGAACCCCGGCGCGCGAGAGACGGACGACGACGACGACGACGACGGCGACGACGACGGCGGCGACGAGCGAAGAAGAAGAGGCGCCUCGAACGCAGACGCGUCGACGUUCCGAUCCGAAAUCGCAGAGGCGCCGAACGAGACGGUCACCGUCGAUCCGAACGCGCCGUUGUUACUGCACCGCGCGGCGUCGCCGUCCGAGUCCGAGCUGUCGAUGCGCUUGUCGUCGUCGUCGUCGUCGUCGUCAAGCGGCGUCGCGCGCGAUGUCGCGACGGCGACGGCGAACGCGACGCGGCGACGAGAUUCGGAGAAGAAGCCGACCGCGGACGCGGCGGCGUGA